AUGGGGAGCUUCAAGGGCCACGCCCUCCCCGGGAGCUUCUUCCUCGUGGCUGGCAUUUGGUGGACAGGAAAGUACUCGCUGUGGCACGCCACCCGCAGGAACAAGAACCUGGGCUCCACCAGGCUGGCCAGCAGAGCCUCGCAGAGACGUCUGGAGAUCAUCGAGAGCUCCGUUAUCCUCUUCUUCUCAGUGGUCGGGAUGUUGGCGGAGCAGUUUGUCGCAGAUGGACCGAGGCUGCAGUUGUACGACUUUGCAGAAAAGCACUGGGAGAAUCUGAUGAACUGGCAACACGCCACCAUGUACCUGUUCUUCGGCCUGGCCGGGACGGUGUCUCUGAUCAUCCACACCACAGACACCGCGCCGCUGGCCCUGGACAGGUUAAUGCUGGCCAUAGCUUUCUUUAAUGAAGGGUUUCUCUUCCUCUACCACCUCCACGGCAGGAGUAUGCUGGACGUGCACGUGCACCAGCUCCUGCUCUAUGCCGUCUUCGGCGAGGCUCUGGUUGCCUUUCUGGAGGUCUUCCACCGAGGAAACAUCCUCCUGGAGCUGCUGCGAUGCACCUUCACAGUGCUGCAGGGAAGCUGGUUCUGGGAGAUCGGUUUUGUACUGUACCCUCCCCGCGGCCCUGAGUGGGACCUGAAGGAUCACAGCAACAUGAUGUUCAUCACCAUGUGCUACUCGUGGCACCUGGCCUUCGCCAUGCUGGUUGUGGGCGUGCUCUACUGCACCGUCAGCUGCGUUGUUCGCUCCCGGCUGAAGAGGACUCCCCCGAUGGAGAUGGGGCUGCUGAAAACCAGAGAGCGCGAUGCAGAUUCAGAGGACGAGAUUUUAUAAAAGAUGGACUGUGGGUCUUUGGCAUUGUCACUCAUGAUAACCACGGAUGAAUCAGGGAAACGAUGACGUCUGAAAAACAAAGGCAUACAGACGGAAGAGAGAUAUGGACGUGGCUUCUGGAUGCUUUAAAUCUGUCUCUACCUCUGCAUUAUUAAUUCAGCUGUAAGCCUAAGUGUGCAUUUCUAUUUAUUUUACAGUGACGUAACACCUUCCAUAUAGCCUUUCAUGUAUUUGUGUUGAAUUUGCACACAGCAGCAGUGCACAGGACAUUAAGCCUCACUUUGACUAUCCAACCUUUUUUUGCCAGGAUUUUGGUCUUAAGUAGCACCAUCUUGUGGUGAAAACAUGUCUUUUCAUGUUUUAUAUGUUCUUGUGGCUUUAUUUGUUUAGUUGAUAGGAAAUGGACACAUGUGAGAAUCAAACACAGCUGCCAAACAAUAGGUAUUUUAUUGCCUGUGUUGAAAUAUUUGUACUUUCCUAAUUUACACCAAAUGUAUCUUUUUAUGUCCUCCAUUAUCUUUUAACACAGCUGCUAUGUGCUAUCAGUUUAUCAGCAGCAGUGAUUUGCCUAUAGGAACCUUCAUGCACUUUUCUUGCUCUUGAAAACUAUUAACUUAAUUCAUACUUAAGUGAAAUGCUGAAAAAUGCAGGCUCUACAUGCAUGGAAGCAUCAUGUCUUAGUUUAUCUUACUUUACAAUCUGUCCUUCUUAUCUGAUCCCAAUAUCUUCUAUGUCAAAAGAAGAUAAAAUAUAAAUGUGGUUUUGUAUUUGCCUUUAGAGGGAAAAACAUUAAACCUAUGAGACAGUGGCAUUUUUACUGAUUAUCAAAACCAGAAUUUAAUUUAAUGGUGACACAACACUGCCAAAUAACAAAAACAAAUCAGCAUAAGUGAAUGUGAAAGUUCAAUUACAACUAUACCAAGCUAUAUGGCUCUCAGCAAUGCACAGUUUAUCUAUAUAUCAUUCAUCCGAGUAGUGUCUUGAUCGCAGACACAGCCUUGUCAAAUUAAAAGAAAGAAGAAGAAUCCAACAGCACUGCCUAGAAGCAUCCGCUCCAAGCCAAGAGGCGAGUAUCGUGUGUGAUGGAUAAUUGUUAAACCUCAGUGUAAACAAGACUCAAGUGUGUUUAUUCAUGUUAGUAGGAAUAAAGACAUUAUUCUGGUGACUAAUGAGCAUUGGCAGGUCAAAGCAGUUCAGUCAGAUGAAGACAAUAUGUGAAGUGAAAUCCUAAACCCACCUCCAAAAAAAAAAAAAAAACCUAAACAAAAACCUCAGUUAUGAUCAAUCUUUCCUAAAACAUUGUGCUCAUUAUUUGUGUG